CCCCCGCAGCCCCGGCGCGGGCCGGAGCGGGGCUGCCCGGUGGUCCCGGAGGGAGCCCCGUGCGAGGGGGGUCCAUGCCAGCCGGACAGGAGGGCUGACGGCAGGAGGUGACCCUUCUCCUCCCUGGAGGGACAUGGAGCAGCUGGAGUGACCUGAGGAGCCGUCGCAGCGGUGCCCAGGAUGGGCUGCGUGCCCUGCAAAGAGAGGGGGGCUGGCAAGGGGCAGGCAGGGGGCGAGGGGGGCUCCCUGCAGCCCCCUGCCUCCCAGUACGACCCCGACCCCACGCAGCCAGGGGCCAUCUUCACCCGCAUCCCCGACUUCAACAACUUCCAGGGGCCAGCCCUGCCCUCGGCGCCGUCCUUUGCGGAGCCGGGGGGCUUCACCUCCGGCGUGCUGCAGACGCGGAGCGGGGCCAUCUCAGGCGGGGGGGUGACACUCUUCAUCGCCCUGUACGACUAUGAGGCCAGGACAGAGGAUGACUUGACAUUCCAGAAAGGGGAGAAAUUCCACAUCAUCAACAACACGGAGGGGGACUGGUGGGAGGCCAGGUCACUGAGCUCGGGAGCCACGGGCUACAUCCCCAGCAACUACGUGGCCCCUGUGGACUCCAUCCAGGCAGAAGAGUGGUACUUUGGGAAGAUCGGGCGCAAAGACGCGGAGCGGCAGCUGCUGUGCCACGGCAACUCCAGGGGCACCUUCCUCAUUCGGGAGAGCGAGACCACCAAAGGUGCCUACUCCCUCUCCAUCCGGGACUGGGAUGAGGCCAAGGGAGACCACGUGAAGCACUAUAAGAUUCGGAAACUGGACAGUGGGGGCUACUACAUCACCACCCGUGCCCAGUUCAGCACCGUCCAGCAGCUGGUCCAGCACUAUAUAGAGCGGGCGGCUGGGCUGUGCUGCCGCCUGGCUGUGCCGUGCCACAAGGGAACCCCCAAACUGGCCGACCUCUCAGUCAAAACCAAAGACGUGUGGGAGAUCCCCCGCGAGUCCCUCCAGCUCCUCAAGAAGCUGGGAAAUGGGCAGUUCGGGGAAGUCUGGAUGGAGUACAAUGACGGGUUGUGCCAUCUCCUCACCCACCCGUGCCCUGCUGUGAAGCCCCAGACCCUGGGAUUAGCUAAGGACGCCUGGGAGAUAGCUCGGGAAUCCGUCACCCUGGACAGGAAACUUGGCAUGGGAUGUUUCGGAGACGUGUGGAUGGGGACAUGGAAUGGCACCACGAAGGUGGCAGUGAAGACGCUGAAGCCAGGGACCAUGUCCCCCGAGGCCUUCCUGGAGGAGGCCCAGAUCAUGAAGCGGCUGCGGCACGACAAGCUGGUGCAGCUCUACGCCGUGGUGUCGGAGGAGCCCAUCUACAUCGUCACCGAGUUCAUGAGCCAGGGCAGCUUGUUGGAUUUCCUGAAGGACGGGGACGGGCGCUACCUGAAGCUGCCCCAGCUGGUGGACAUGGCUGCCCAGAUUGCGGCGGGCAUGGCGUACAUCGAGCGCAUGAACUACAUCCACCGGGACCUGCGUGCCGCCAACAUCCUGGUGGGAGACAACCUCGUCUGCAAGAUCGCUGACUUCGGCCUCGCGCGCCUCAUCGAGGAUGAUGAGUACACGGCACGGCAGGGUGCCAAGUUCCCCAUCAAGUGGACGGCUCCGGAGGCUGCGCUUUUUGGGAGGUUCACCAUCAAGUCAGACGUCUGGUCCUUUGGCAUCCUCCUGACGGAGCUGGUGACCAAAGGCCGCGUGCCCUAUCCAGGGAUGAACAACCGCGAGGUGCUGGAGCAGGUGGAGCGGGGGUACCGCAUGCAGUGCCCGGGGAGCUGCCCCCCUUCCCUGCACGAGCUGAUGGUGCAGUGCUGGAAGAGGGAGCCCGAGGAGCGCCCCACCUUCGAGUACCUCCAGUCCUUCCUCGAGGACUAUUUCACUGCCACCGAGCCCCAGUACCAGCCCGGGGACAACCAGUGACCCAGUGCUGGCACUGCCAGGGGGCUCUGGGGCGGCUUCGGGGUGAAUCUCUUUUUUCCUUUAGAUGUGGUUGCUUCCUUUGUCUGUGCUCAGGGCGGACACAGGGCUUUGCACAAGGAUGCUGGACUCAGAAGACAAAACUGUGUGUCCCAGCCCCCCUUCUUCCACUCCCUUUAUUGCCUUCACACCCAGCUUUGAACCUGAGAAGGGCUUUGGCUGCAGGGGGGACUGUGGGGGGCCCCCAUGAACCCCCCAGACACCCCCAGACCCACAGAGUGGCAGAGGGCAAGGGGGGAGCCCCCCGUGCCAGCCCCAAUCUCUUCUGGGAGCACAGCUGGGUGGGUUCAGCCCCCCAAAGUCCCGGCACUGACCUGUGGGAGGUCACCUAAACCCUCCCUCCCCUGGUGUCUCCUUUAAUUUAUGAGAUUUUAUAUGCCUCCCCCAAGCAGCCAUCGACCCCCCAAGGGAUCCCAGUACUCGGGGGACCCCCUUGUCCCCCACAUUAUCUCCUCUGCUUUAUGGUAGAGCCAAGUCCUGAAAGCCAAACACCCACCCUGCUUGCCCUGGGG